UUUUGGUAGGGCCGGGAGUUCUCCAGCGGAGCGGCGGCGGAGCUCGCUGGGCCCGGCGCGGAGGGGGCGAGGGGUGCCCGCUGCGGAGAUGGCCAACAUCGCGGUGCAGAGGAUCAAGCGGGAGUUCAAGGAGGUGCUGAAGAGCGAAGAGACGAGCAAAAAUCAAAUUAAAGUAGAUCUUGUAGAUGAGAAUUUUACAGAAUUAAGAGGAGAAAUAGCAGGACCUCCGGACACACCAUAUGAAGGUGGAAGGUAUCAGCUAGAGAUAAAAAUCCCAGAGACAUAUCCAUUUAAUCCUCCUAAGGUGCGGUUUAUCACCAAAAUAUGGCAUCCUAAUAUUAGCUCAGUCACUGGGGCCAUUUGUUUGGAUAUUCUGAAAGAUCAAUGGGCAGCAGCAAUGACUCUAAGAACAGUGUUGUUAUCCCUGCAAGCAUUGUUGGCAGCUGCGGAACCAGAUGAUCCACAAGAUGCAGUAGUGGCAAACCAGUACAAACAAAAUCCAGAAAUGUUUAAACAGACAGCUCGACUUUGGGCACAUGUGUAUGCUGGAGCACCAGUUUCUAGUCCAGAAUACACCAAAAAAAUAGAAAACCUUUGUGCUAUGGGCUUUGAUAGGAAUGCAGUAAUAGUGGCCUUGUCUUCAAAAUCAUGGGAUGUAGAGACUGCAACAGAAUUACUCCUGAGUAACUGAGCCAUAUAGAGAGAGCUGCUUCUAUAGUCCAGCUUGCCCCUUCUGGAGGAGCAUCACCAUCUUAUUCCUAGGAUUCUAUAUAGAUUCUCUUUCAAAACUGGCACUCUUGCCUGAUGAUGCUAUCUAGGCACUAUUGGAGACUGAAAAAAAGCGCUCUGUAAAUAAAGCUAAUUAAACGUCUGUGUAAAUUUAAAAAGGGAAAAUACUUUAAUUUUUUUUCUUACUAAAUAUUGUAAAAAUUCUUUGAGCUCAGCUAAGAUAAUGGGAGAAAACAAUGCCUACUUUAGUGUUUAGCAGUGUGACAAAGACUAGCAGGAACUUGCUUCAGGAUUUUGAUUUAGUAAUUCAGAAAGCAACAUUUUGAGUGUUAGUCAUCAAAAUUGUUGGUGCCACUCAUCACAGUUAUCUUACUGUUUUUAACAUGGAUCCUAUGUGCCUGUGGAUUGACCUAUAUUUGCAUGCUUGUACUUAAUAGACAUAUUAGGUAGGGUCGCUGAAGAGAGCACCAUUGAAAUACUCGAUUGCUUUUGUAACUUUUUUCCUGACAGACUUUCAAGACUUACCCAAAGUUCCAAAUGGUGACCUAUUCAGAACCAUUUUCUUUCUAGCUUAUUAAUUGGGAAACCUGAUUCUCCUCUCCCUUACAUCAUACUGUUGAUUAUGUUUCAUCAUCUGUGGCUAUUAUGUGUGCCAUUGCAGUAGUCUAGGCUCCCCUUUAAAAAUAUAUAUUUUGAAUUAUCAGUAGUGAUUUUCAUCCAUCAUAUUUUCUACACAAUCAUGUAAGGAGUAUGCCUCGAUACAGCACAAAAAGAUGGAGCUGGUUUAAUUUCCUUUUUUUGUCUUAAAUAGCUGUAAAAUGUUCUUCAGUACACUCUGGAUAAUAUGAUUUCACAGAGUUUGAAGGAGGACAAAACUGAUUCUCCAAUGUACUGAGAAUGAAAAAAAAUUGUUUUGAGUACUUGAUAUGAUGCAAUCAGCUGUUUUUUUGCAGCAGUUUUCUAGCUUUAUUUUGGGCUUCAGUUUAAGGAUUGCUUACCAGGUACUUUAAAAUUCAUCCUUGCUUGCAUUUUUCUCUGUUUAACACAUGGAGGCUGUUUUGGUGUUUUUACUGUACAUACUUCAGAUGCACAUAGAAGUAGAAGUGUGUUCUCAAUUUAGCUUUUUUUUUUUGAUUGAUGUUUCUGAUAAACGAGAACUGAAAUCUUACCUUGGCUUGUACAUACAGUCAGUCUUUUUAUUUGUAUUAAAAUGACAUUUCAUCCUGAGUGCAAAAGCUUGAAAAUUAUUAGUCUUGCAACUUCAAACACUAGUACAUCUAUUUAAAGAGAGCUGUAAUGUCUUUGUGAAUAUGAUGCUAACUUUUGAGAAUAUAUCUGACAAGGAAGUUCAGAGAAAUCCUGAGACUAGAGAGUGGGGAUUGUGGAUAAUGGAGUACUGUAUCAGUCAUCUUUUCAAUGACUCUUUUGUUUUACUCUGUUUUUGUUUUUUUUUUUUUUUUUUCUCCUAGGCUGUGGAUUAAUGGGGUGGGAAAAUAUAUGCCUGCUUGGGGUUUUUCUAGAGCUGUGAAGUACAAAUUGAAAUAGUUUUGCACUUCAUGGUCUGUUUAUAACUCAUACUAGAUGAAAUCAGGAACAUUGUGGUAUCUGUUAAAUACCUGGAACAUAGUAGUAGGGGAACAAAACCAGAAAACAGAGCUGUCAAGACCUGGCCAGUUCUGGGAUGUUCCCUGUACUGCUCUAUCUGAUGUGUCCAAACUUAAAACAGGGCACAGAUGGUAAAUACUUUGAACUCAUAUCAGUGCAAUACUAAAUGCAUUUGCUUAGUCUUUAUACUUACUGCUUUUUAAGGUGUAGUCAGUGAUCAGUUUUCUUGGGUUUUCUUGAGUUAGUGUAAAUCAUUUGCAAUGAUGCCAAAGGAAAUGAGUUCUUUUGACUUUCCUUAUAUUUAUUUAUUUUUUUAACAAAAAGCUGCUACUGUUCAGCUGGUUUGCUAAAGUGAAAACCAGGGACGGUAGGAAACUGGCAAAAUGCUACUUGUGUUAAUCUCAAGUUGCUGUCUUUUCUGUUAUACAGGCUAAGAACUUCUUGAUUACAUCAACACCUUUUUUUUUUUUUUUUUUUUUUUUUUUUACCCUGGUGGUAAAUAUGAAUUGCUGACUACUUUCCCUUGUUCUUCGCUGCUAUUUAUCAAAAGAAAGAACUCGGAAAUCAUUGUCGGGGACAUAAAACUUCUCAGUAAUGGGCUUCUGAACGUGUCUUUCAGUAAGACCAGUCUCCUAAGAACACCAGGCUUCUUCAACAGUAUGUAAAGUGAUAAAGGAAGCCAAGGAAAGGGGGAGAGGGGGAAAAGAGUUUCCUAGGUGAGCACUGUCAUCUCUGAAAAAAUGCCCUGUUAAGUUUUACUUCUCUCACGAGUUACCUCAGUUCCUUCUCUACUGCAAAACACUUGUCUUUCCAUUCCCUCUUAUGUUUAAAUGUUGGGUUCUGGGUUUUGCUCUCCAUCCAUGUGCUUGGUAGCUUAAUGCUAGCUCAGGUGCUGGCAGGAAGCUUCUCAAGAAGUGACCUGGGAAAGAAACAUGACCCAGUAUUAAGGAGACAUCUUUGGUCUGAAGUCCCUCUGAAUUUUGACUUGUGACUCCUUUAUAAGGAAUGUUUUUGUAUUCUUGGUAAUUAUCAGAGCUGAAUAUAGGGAUAAUGUUGUAUGAGCUUAGUUUAACUGCAGCUAGGGCUGAGCCCUAGGAAUUUUGCUGUUAGUGUUCAGCUUAUCAUUGUGAGACAUUGUACAUACAAAUGGUAAUUCUGUUUUCUGUAUCACUGAACAUCGCUAUAUUCAGGGCCCUGUGCAUUCACAGUCGUGGAGUUGCCGUGCAGCUCACUUCAGCUGUGGACUCAGGCUGCACAUUUACCACUCCUUGCAACAAGAACAUGAAACAUGAGUACAGUGGCUAAGUACAAAUAAAUCAUGCAUUGUCUUCCUCUAUUGUGCCAGAAGAUGGCUUGAAACAGUCAUUUUGAAGUCUAAAUGGCCCCAUUUUUCUAAAUAAGGUAUUGGUAAUACUUGGUAAUACAAUUGGUAACACUUAAGGAUUACCAGAGCAUCCAUUGGAUUUCACUGCUGAAUAUUUUAAUGUGCAUCCAGCAAAGUUGUU